UGGUGCAUGGCGAGUGUCUCGGUGCUCCAUCGCCUGCCUCGUCUUCAAGCGUGAGUUCUUCUGUUGGAAGCUGCUUGCACGAAGGGACGCUGGUUUCAAGUGAACCGACGAGGGAAGCAGAUACAACAAGUUAGCGCAGUUGAGAUAGUGAGUGUUUAUGUGUGUGUAUGUGUGUGUGUGUGUCGACAUGACAAGAGCAACUGUGGCCAAACUUCUUAUCCUCAUGAUCCUCAUCGUCAUCAUCUGCCUGCCAGAAUUUUUCACCUUAAACAGAGUGUCAAAAGUGACCCUGGCCUGUUUGCCCCACGUGCUGUGUGAACAAGACAGCCGGAGGAGGAAGAGGGAGAACAGGAGGAGUGGCGAUGAUGAGGUUAGACGGAAGAGGCCAUGUCACCCUGCCCACUUCACAGUGGAUGAAAAAUGGUGCAAGGACAGAGAUGAUGACGGCAACCCUACAUCAGAGCCCAGAAGUGUUGAGGACACGCACACACGUUGGUACAUGUGUGAAACACAAGGAAAUGUGGCACAAUUACAAAGGAACAACUCACACUCAGCCAUUUUCAUUGAGAUGUCGGUGGAGCUUCAACUAGGAGACACCAAGUUCCUGAAUCUCACCUUAUAUGGUCACAGCAAUACCACCGAAUUACACCUUCACUCACCUGAGGAUGACGAGUUGGAAAGGAGGGAUGGUGAAGGUCACAGAGUGGCAUCAUAUUGCUGUCCGCCCGUCCCGACGACUUCUGCGAUGUCCAGUCACAUCACGUGUUUCCUUAGGCUAUCCAAUCACACCAUUUCCAUUACAAGAGCCAAGGAGACAUUUCCAGAAGAUGAGUGGGGUGGUGUGUUCAGGGUCCUCUGGUUGGUUCUGCUGUGUGUGAUGCUGCUGACUUUGACCUCAGCUUUCCUCAGAUAUAUAAACCGAAGAGAGAAGUCCAAGGUUCGUCCACUUGGUUACGGCUUCAAUGGGCGGCAGAUGAAAGAUGGGCAAAAAGAUACUGAGAUCAACAUUCUAAACGGGAGAAAUCUUCAUUCUUACGAGUCUUGCCCAAUGAGGUCAGGACUAUCGACUAUUGAAGAGGUUCAAGCUGAUGAGGAUGUGGUGGAAAGCGUACCAAAUGGAAAUGUGGACCAAUAUGGAACUGCUAAUCUUCAUCACCGUCCAACAGUGUGUUUCCCUCACAGAGGAGCCGAACUGCAGCUGGACAGAAGUCAACUUCAGUAACAUCAAUUUCAGGACUCAAUAAAAUGUGAAAAUAAAAACAAUAUAUAUCAAAUAGGGAUUAAAGCAUCUUCAUUUUCAACGUUAAACAGUCUUUGGGACUUCAGUCAGACACUUAAUGUUUAUAGUAAAUGAAUAUAAUGUUGUCUGUGUAGUUACAGUAUGGUGUGGACAGUUUUAAGUUUCAAUGCUCAUGAAGGAAUGCAUGGCUUUUAUGUUGGUAUUAGAGUAGCAUGAAGUAUAAUGACCACAUACCUGCAGAAAUGUAGGAGAUACACAUUCAUCGGGUCAUUAAA